AGCCUCCAAGGUACCAUCAUGUCAGACACUGAGGAGAUCGUGGAGGAGUACGAGCAGGAGGAGGAGGAGGAAGAAGAGGAGGAGGUGAACGAGGUAGAAGAAGAAGAAGAAGUUGAAGAAGAGAAGCAGGAGGAUGAUGAAGCAGAGAAGAAUGAACCCGAGGAGGAGUCCAAGUGGCGGCCGAAGACGACUUAUGUGCCGAACAUCGCUCCUCCGAAGCUCCCAGAUGGUGAGAAAGUGGAUUUUGACGACCUGCACCGCAAAAGGGUAGAGAAGGACUUCAACGACCUCCAGACGCUGAUCGAGUCUCAUUUCUCCACCCGCCAGAAGGAGGAGGAAGAGCUCCUCGCGCUGCGCGACCGCAUCGAACGCCGCCGAUCGGACAGAGCCGAGCAGCAACGCCUCCGCGCCGAGCAGGACCGCGAGCGCCAAACCAAGCUGGUGGAGGAGAGGACGAGGCGCGAGGAGGAGGCCGCCAAGCUGCGCGCCGAAGAGGAGGCGAAGAAGAAGAUGAUCUUCACCAACAAGUCGUUCGGCGGCUACCUGCAGAAGGUGGACCAGGGCAAGAAGGGCAAGAAGCUGACGGCGCGGGAGGAGAAGAAGAAGGCGCUGAUGGAGCGCAGGAAGCCGCUCAACAUCGACCACCUGAGCCAGGAGAAGCUGGCGGAGAAGGCGCAGGACCUGUGGCAGUGGCUGCACCAGCUGCACGCCGAGAAGUUCGAGCUGGCCGAGAAGCUCAAGAGGCAGAAGUACGACAUCUACGUGCUCCGGAACCGAGUCAGCGACCACCAGAGGGGCUCCAAGGCAUCCAAGACCUCCCGCGGGGCCAAGGGCAAGUCUGGAUCCUGGAAGUAA